AUGAAAAUCGAGCACGUCCUCAUCCUGGUUGCCAUGGAACUAGAAGCCAAACCGUUCGUAGAACAUCUGAAUUUGGAAGAGAUAGCUGAUUUCUUCCCUUCGCAUAUGCCUUUUGUGGCUUUCUCUGGUGAACAUCACGCGACCAAAGUUACCGUCGUCACUCUUGGCAAAGACUCAGUUUAUGGAACUGGGGUCGACAACGUGGGAACUGUUACCGCCAGUAUGGCAACAGAACUUGCUCUCGCAAAGUAUGGAGGAUCUGUGGACCUGGUAUUGAAUGCUGGGACCUGUGGAGGCUUCAAGCGAAAGGGUGCCGAAAUCGCCGAUGUCUUUUUGACAACGGGAGUUGCCAACCACGAUCGCCGCAUUCCAAUCCCUGGAUUUGAUGCCUAUGGGAUUGGAAAGUUGGUAACCAUGGAUCCUACCACAAUGGCAGAAAAGCUUGGCUAUAAGACUGGAAUCUGUACUUCCGGAAACUCUUUGGACAAGACGGACAAGGACGAUGAAAUCAUGAAGAACAAUGACGCUUCUUUCAAGGAUAUGGAAGCUGCCGCAGUUGCUUGGGUUGCAUCUAUGAACAAAGUACCAUACCUUGGACUCAAGGUUGUUACUGAUAUUGUCGAUGGUGAAUUUCCGACGCAGGAUGAAUUCAUGGCAAACCUUGGAGCUGCUGCUACGAGUUUGCAAUCUGCACUACCAAAAGUUCUAACUUAUGUUUGUGAUGAAUCAUCCAACCAUGAUGGCGCCAAAUCGGAUCUUUAG